AUGUACACACAAGAAAGGCGAGAUAAAAAAGCAGUAAUAUAUUUAAAUCGAAAACAAGCAGUAUUAGAGUGGAUUAUAGAUUUUUUUUUACAAAAUAAACAACCGAUUGAUAGGAAUUGCACAGAUUUAAUAGCAUUGAUUGAUGAUGGUGUGGUUUUAUGUAAACUUAUAAACUUUUUUUUCCCAAAUAGAAUCGAAAAAAUUGUAUAUCCCAAAAUAGGAUCAACCAAAUAUUAUCUUCGUAUUGAGAAUAUCAACUCAUUUAUUAAUCAAUGUCAAAUAUUAUCAGUACCAGUUGUAUUUCAAACAUUGGAUCUGUUUGAGGGAAAAAACCCGGUGCGUGUAGUUACUUGUAUUCACAGUUUAAUAGAAUUAUUAGAUCCAACCAAUAAUUUAAAGGAUAGACUCAUAAAGAAAAGAAGUAAUAAAUUUACCACUGAAGAAAUUUCUAGGGCAAAUUUAGAACUACAGAUUGAAAAAGAGGCAUCAGGUAAAUCAAUGUCAAUGCUCUUGUACGAUUCUAUUAACCCAGCAUCAUCAACAUCGUCAUUAUUGGAAACUACCAACUCGGAUAAUAGCUCGAAUGAUUUAAUGUUUGAAACUCCUGCAAGACAACAAUCACCUACCAGCAAUGUUUCACCAAACAGCAAUAACAACUAUGGCACAGUGCAAUAUCAAAUGACAAACUCAAAUGCUUAUGAAAGCAAUAAUCUUUCAGUUUUAAAUACAUCACAUUUAAGAACAACAAUCAUUAAAACCCCAUUAACAAGAAACCACAAUAACUAUAGUAUGAGCAUUCAAAAUACACCUCAAAUUCAUCAUACUCCUGGCCUUCCAUUAUAUCAACAUCAACAAGAAAUGGCAACCUCUUCAAUGAUGAAAACUGCUUCAAUAUCGGCUGUUCCUGUUAAAACCUCGCCCUCUCCUAUUCAUCAUACUAGUAACAACCAUUUAGAAACAACCAAUAGAUUUUUAACCAACUCCAUCUAUAAUAAUAGAUAUAUAAAUAAUAACUACACACCCUACAAACCAAACGACUUACGAAUUAGUGAUUUAAACCAAACAUCAACUGUUUCAAAAAUAACAAAUACUAAUACAACCAAUGUCAAUACAUAUAGAUCUCAACAACAGCAACAAUUACAACAACAGCAAUUACAACAACAGCAAUUACAUCAACAGCAAUUACAACAACAACAACAAUUACAUCAACAAAAACAACAAUUACAACAACAACAGCAAUUACAACAACAACAACAACAAUUACAACAGCAACAACAAUUAAAUCAACAACAGCAACAACAACAACAAUUACAACAACAACAACAAUUACAACAACAACAAAUGUUAAAUAAACAAAAAGAACAGUUACAGAAAAAACCAAGGACAUUAUUCAAAGAUUUUUUAAUUUUUACAACUAUUUUAGUUUUAAUUUCAAUAUGGAUAAAAUUAUUUAUUGGAAACGAAAGUAAAUUUAGUUUUUUCUUUAAUAAAACCAAAUAA